CACUGCAAACUGUGAGCUCCCGGCGUUCCGGUCGACUUAUUCACUCGUUGUAGCUCCUUUAUCGGGGCAUCCACUCACUUUAAAAUAUCCUCGAUCCUUUUUCGAAUCCAAUUGGAGCGCAAUUCCCAGCAAUUGGUCCCUACAAUUGGCCUCUUUCAUCAUGCACGCGUCCAGAUAUAUGCUAGCAUCAACAUGGCUGCUCCUCCAAACGGCCAAUGCUAUCCCAGCCGCUUCCAAGGUUGCCAGAGCUGCAGCGAACCCGACGGACCCAUGGGUGACGGUGGAAGAGUCCGGCCAGCCGAAGACAGUCACUCCCGUCCUGACGACGAUUAGUGGCACCCCAACCAUUAUCUCGGGAGCCCCCAAUGAUGUGACCGGCACCGUCUUUACGCGGACGAGCAUGGGCGAGGUGUCCACCCGGACCGGCGACCCCCCGAUCCCGACAGCGACGGCGACCGGUGGAGCUGGCUCGUUCCCCGUUUGCCACAACAAGGACGGCGACAAGGCGCCGUUUUGCUUGCCUACUAUGGGUACUUCCCUCUACCCGGGGACGACAUAUUACAUAACCUGGGACCCGACAUUCUUCAACGGGACCAACACGACCGUCGAAGUCAUCGCCAACUAUUUCAACACCAGCACGGGCGACAUAAUGGACCAGGCCUACUCGUGCAAAACCACCGCGGCCUGGUCCUUCUGCGCCUGGACCGUCGACUCCAAGAUCCUGACCGACAAGUCGACCAAGGCCGUCAACAUCUCGCUGAGCAUCGCCGCGCUGCAACCCGGCGCCGGCGCCAUGACCCCGUUCACGGGCCCCACCGUACUCGUCACCAGGCCGCCGACCUACCUCCCGCCCAAGGCCACGGCCCCGACGGGGCCCGCGCUGUACAUCGGCCUGCCGACGGUCCUGGGCUUCGUCGCCCUCGUCCUGAUCGGCACCUGCCUGUGGAACCGCCACUCACGCCGCAUCGGCCUCGGCAACAUCAUGAGCCGCUCGCGCCACGGCUACGGCGUCGGCAAGAGCCGCCGCCAGAGGAUCCGCCUGCCGGGUAGGGGCCGCCGCGAGCGUAAGGAGCAGGCCAUCCGCCUAAUGGACCAGGACGGAGGCGCCUCCGCCGCCGGGGCCGCGGAGGAGGCGCGGCGGCACGAGUACCACGACACGCCGGAUCCAGCGGCGGCAGCGGAGGGACAUGCCGCCCGUGGAGGGGCCACCGGGUGGCGCCAGGAGGUGCCCGGCCGGGAUGAAAGUUUCGACUUCGGUCUGCCGCGGAGGGAUAGCGAUGCCCUCGGUAGCCUGGCCGGGACGCCGACCGAGGAUAGGCGUAUGGACCUCGGACACCCUGACGGGGGCAAUGCCUUCCGAGAUGAGCUGAGUCGGCAGGAUAGGGAGAGAUGGUAGGUGACUGCUUUGCUGAAGGGGGGCCGCGACGGGGACGGGAUGUAUCCUCGUCUAGCUGGAGGCCAGGCUGCGGGGAUGUUGAUGAUUUUGGACUGAAACGGGGAAGCAUAUGAGAAACAGCUGUACGAUUCCCAGAAGUGGUGUGUUGAGAACGAGCAGGCCGGUAAUCUACACCUAGCUCCUAGCUCGCAGUUUUCCCAGAGAGCGCAAAUUUGUAAUCCUUAAUGAUAACCAUGAUAUUCCUCCUACCAAGGGGCUUCCAAGUUGCGUUGAGAGAUUGACCUGGAAGUACGGGG